UCGCGCGCGUGUGUGAGAGAGAGAGGGGCGUGGAGGCCGAAACAACUCCAAGAAGUCCUGCAGCCUGCCUUCAGUCAGCGCGCAGCUGAGUCGGUGACAGAAUCGCCCCGCAGCUCGUUCAGGUGAAAGCUCAGGUGAGAGACCCCCCCGGACCGGACCACCUGCGCGCCAUGGAAGAAGACUCGACCCACGGUGAGGCCAGCAGCGGCUCGGGCAGCACGCACACCAUCCCGCAGCAGCAGCAGCCCGAAAGCGUGGAGCUCUUCACGGCGAGCCGCGCCUCCGCCCCGUCCUCCCCCAGCGCCACCGGCACCCUCUCCCGGCUCGGCCUGAAGAGCCCCACCAGCCCCUCGGCGGCGGGAGGGGGCGGCUCCGGCCAGGUGAGCGCCAUCACCGUGGUGGCGCUGCUGGACAAACUGGUGAACAUGAUGGAGUCGGUGCAGGACAACCAGCGGCGCAUGGAGACGCGCCAGGGCGACCUGGAGCAGGCCGUGCGCACGCUGCAGGGCGACGUGACCCGCCUGACCAAGAACCACCUGGGCACCUCCGCCUGCGUGUCCAAGCUGCUGGAGAGGUCCCGCAAAGUCAGCGGGCACGUGAAGGAGGUGAAGGAGCGCCUGGACAGACAGGCGGUCCAGGUGAAGAAGCUGGAGGCGAACCACAACCACCUGCUGAAGAGGAACAACUUCAAGGUGCUCAUCUUCCAGGAAGAUAAUGAGAUCCCUGCUCACGUGGUUGUCAAAGACUCACUCAGGACCCCACAACCGACCCCGCUGCCGAGCCAGUACGAUGCAGAGUCCACCCAUCCCACUCCGUCUGUWACGGGCUCGGUGGAACACAUCCGCACCCAAGACGAGGCUCUCCAGACCGUCAGCCUGUCCUCAGAAGACGACAUGGAUUUCUCCCAAGCGCACCGACUGGAUGACGAGACGCUGGAGUGCGAGGCCGCCGCCAUCGCUCCUGUCAAAUUUGAGAGACGGGCCGACCAGUUCAAGCGCAACAGUCUGAAGAAGGUCGACACCCUGAAGAAGGCCUUCACCCGCCAGAACAUUGAGAAGAAGAUGACCCAGAUCUCCUCCAAGAUCGUGCCGCCAGAGAAGCGGGAGAAAAUAAAGAAGAGCUUCACCCCCAACCACCCCAAAAGCCCAACUUCCAGAUCCUCUUCUUUCAAAGUGUCUCCCAUGACCUUUAACGUCAAGAAGGUCCGAGACGGGGAGACUCCUACACCACAAAUCUCCCAGUCGGUGGAAGAAAUCCGUGUGGAUAUACCUACUUUGACGGGUCUAGACGGAGAGGUGCCUUCGGCGGAGGUGCGCACUCCGGAGAGUGUCGUGGAGGUGAUCCAGGAGACGCUGAACUCCUCCAACCUGGAGAGCGUGAAGGCAGAGGUGUCGCUCAACGGGAAAACCUCCAGCGUCGAGUGCGAGAUAAACGGCGACGGCGUGGCCAGCCUGGCGGUUCCGGAGCACGACGAAGAUGUCGGCGAGGAGGGAGAAGAGGAAAAAAAGGGGGAAGAGAAACAGGAAAGUCCAGUCGAGAAAACGGCAGYGGCUCAGAUCCCCACAGAACCAAUCGCUGUGGAGCAAGUGUCUUAAUAUUAUUAGCUUUUACUUCUCACUUCUGCCUUUUAAUUUCAUUAUUUUUAUACUCAAGAUUUUAAAAUUCAAUCCAACCCACCCUAAUAUCCAAACAUAGUCUCUAAAAGGAAAAUGAAUGGUUCAGUAUAACUYUUUUCCAAAACAGCACAACAGAAACUGUUGCCACCACAGAAAUAGGCGCACAUUUCUGACCGAGCAGCCUCCUCCUGCUGUUUGUCUGCCUCUGCUCCCUUUUUUCUCUGUUAAAAAAAACAGCCUCUUUUGUUCUUUUUUUGUAUAAAAAAAUAGUAAAUCUCUGGGAACAGCGGUGCAGCCCACAGCCUGCGGAGGCAGUGUGUUGCCAGGUUGUGUCAGAAUUGGAAUGAGGAGUUUUUGCAUUUUAAAUCAGGCCUCCGGGUUAUUUUAAGCAGUCGUUUGAGGUUGUUUAUAGUUUUUUUUCUUUUUUUUUUUGUUAAGCCUGAGUUCAUGAAGCUCAGAUCUUAGCUAACAGGUGACUUAAAUAACAAUAGUGCCUCUAUAUUUUGUUAUGAAAUAUAUAGUCUCUUGGUGAAAUUUGGUUUAUUUUUUUCAUUUUCACUGAUUUUCUUAUUCAGAAUAUAAUGAGCUGCAUGUUCUAGUUUAUAAUCACAGUUCAAACACCAACUGAAAAUAAUCUUAUAUCACAGAAAAAUAUAAAAGAGACCAUUUAAAAGUGGCAAAAUGUUACUAAAUCUCUAUUUUUUUUUAAGGAUGGAGGUCUUUUAAUCUUAACACAAUGGUACAAUUACUGAUGCAAAUGAAGGUCUUCAUUGCAGAACACAGGCAUUAUUUCAAAUGUAAAAACUUAGAGAUAUUUUGUGACCAUAUGAGGUUUUUUUAAUGAAAUCUUUUUGCAAAUCUACACUAUAUUUUCCUGAACAGAUUUUUUUUAUAUAUGAGACUUUUAAACAUUUGCAAUAAGUUUACUUAAAAAUAUUGCAAUGUCCUUUAAAAAUACCACAAUUUAGUUUUUAUAUUGGUGAAUGGGCAACUAUUAAAAGUUUGUUUACCUGCAGAAACAGCUGAAAAAAAAAGGUCAUUCGGGUUCAUGGAAGGGCCAUUCAGGGUCGAGACAAGUUGACAGAUUUAAUGUAUCGGCAUGUUUUUCUGCACAGGAUUUGUUGAGUUUUUGCAGACAGACAUGUUUUACUUACAUAUCUGCGUUUCAGAAUUGCAUGUGGAAAAGUACUGGAGGAAACUCUUUGAAGCUGCACCGUUUGAUUUAGUGCAGGAUAGUUUGUUUGUGUUUGAUUUUACACUUUGCAAUGAGAACCUUUAACCCUAAAAGUUGCAUCUGUGGUAUAUAUUUUCUUCUUGGAUAAUUUCAUGGUGUUUGGGUUGUUUUAAGAAGACUUUUUUUUUCCAAGUAUUCAUAAUGUAUCAGGUGAAAUGAUUAUUCGGCUUCAUAUUUUUCUGACAAGAACACUAUGUUUAAAAUGUUCCAGAGCCUUGAUAAAUGCAGACAUUUUGUUUGAACAUGCUGGUUUGAAUAAUGACACUCAUUAGGAGUGGAGGGAUGAAUUCCUAUGUAUUUUGCAGAUGAAAGUGAGUAAAACAUGCCAUCUUUUUUUCUCUUUCUUUUUAGUUAUUUUUAUCAGUAGAUAAAAUGUUUUAAAAAAUCAAGAUUAACACAUUUGUUAAAGCUGCACCAGCCUCAGCAGCAGGUUGUCUAAUAGAACUUUCCUAAAAUAAGAAUUUAGUGAAGUUCCAGCAGGUGCUAAGGAUUCAGAUACUGGAGAACUUACAGAAGCAGAUAAAAAAAGCAGAKGGCAGCAUUCCUAGGUUUGACGGAUGGCCCCCGCUCAGCCCAUUUUUCAUGCCCCUGGCCUCCUUGUUGAAUGUGGAUGAGGCUCGCUGGAGCCACAGGUGUUCUGCUCCUGCUGGGGCUCCCAGACUCCAGCUCACUGUGGAAGGAGGACAAGCGAGCUGGGAAGUGUGGGAAAGCACUUCAGGUGUUGGAAGCGAAGAUUAAGUUGCCUUUGGUUAAGGUGUGCACGCAUUUCUGCAGAGAGACAUCAGUCACGAGAGGCGUUUAAUGUGUCCCAUCGUGGGAAUUCUACCUGUUUUUAUGGGAUAUGGAACUGCAGGAUCCUCUGUUUCAACUUGACUCUUCGUCAAACUGAUUCUGAUGAAACGCUUGUUCCUUUUUAACAAAUAAAAUGUGAUGUCAGACAAUUUUUAUGUAAAAUAUGCAGAAAUAUCCGCUAAUUUCUGAAUACACAAAGUAUCAGUGUAGAAAUGUUAAUUUGUGAUAGAAGAAAAAUGCAGAUUUACUAAUCAGUUAAAUGAAUCUCAUCUUUAUGUUGAUGUUCUAUGAUGAGAAGGUGUGUUUUUUUGUACAAAACACAAUUAAAUAUAACUUGCAAAGGGAUUUUGUGUAAAAUUAGAGAGGAAAUUUAAAAUGGGAAAUUAACAUUUACACUGUUUUUAAUAUAUUUACAAACUUUUAACAAGUUCAGCAGAACCGCUGAGACAAAUGUAUCUGAAAUGUAAACCAAUUAGACUAAUUUAACACAAGCAGGAUGAAAGCUUCACUGCUAAUGAAAGAAACGGCCGAUGUAUGGUACUGUGCAAAAGUUUUAAACCACCCCAAAGUCCAGUUGUAAAUGUAUUCUUAGUUGAAMUGAUGACAGAACUCUGGUUGAUACUUUGAGUUCAAGAGCUUUUUUAAGCCCGAAUGAUUCAUUGAUCAGAAGUAAACUAAAAGGGGAAAAAAAGCUCUGAAAUGUUGAAGUCCCAAAAAACUUAAAAAGAAAAUUUAGCUGCUUGGAAGCAGAAAAAAAGAGGGAUGACUCAAAACUUUUGCACAGGACUGUAAUCCUGGUGUUUGUUUACAACUAUAUUCUAAGAGCAUAAAUCUGUUUUUUUUUAAAUAUAACAUUUUCUAUUUUAAUAAACACUAAAAAGAGCUCAGUUUUUAUGUUUAUUGAACAUCUGCUCAUUUAGCUGAACUUUGAGAAACUUUUUAUUUUUUCAUGUGUUUUUCUUUCAGCUCUGUUGAACAUGAGCAACAUGCAAUGUGAACUUCACAAGGUGUUUUUAUUUAGAGGGGGGUUGCAUAAAAUAUUCUUUGGGAUUUGAAAUAGAGAAUAACAAUUAGACAUAUAUUCUGCCUUUAAACUUAUGCAACCAUUUUGCAUUUUUGUUUGUCAUUUUUUCCGUAAAUCACACUACUGAAAAGGUUUUUUUUUAUCAGUUUUCUUAUGUCACGUUGUGAUAGCUGUGUGCAAAUAAAACGUUUUGCUUUAUGUGUUUCUAAAUUUAUCCUGUUAAAUCUAGAUCGUAAAACUGUUUGCAAGAAAGUUAAAUWAAUGUUUGCAUCAACCUUCGUCAGUGAUGACUUCUGUUCACAUCUUUGUUUUUAAUUUUUAGCCACUUAAACCAAAGAUUCCCUCACAGACGUUUCCACUUUACCUUUCUUUGUAACUGUGCAGACAUUUAUUUGCUAAUUAGUGCUGCAUUCAUCAAUAAAGAUUUCUAACUUUAAA